AUGUCCCUUACAUUGGGGGUCAGUGGGAAGAAUGUCCCUUACAUUGGGGGUCAGUGGGAAGAAUGUCCCUUACAUUGGGGGUCAGUGGGAAGAAUGUCCCCUUACAUUGGGGGUCAGUGGGAAGAAUGUCCCUUACAUUGGUGGUCAGUGGGAAGAAUGUCCCUUACAUUGGGGGUCAGUGGGAAGAAUGUCCCUUACAUUGGGGGUCAGUGGGAAGAAUGCCCCUUACAUUGGGGGUCAGUGGGAUGAAUGUCCCUUACAUUGGUGAUCAGUGGGAAGAAUGUCCCUUACAUUGGUGGUCAGUGGGAAGAAUGUCCCUUACAUUGGUGAUGAGUGGGAAGAAUGCCCCUUACAUUUUGGGUCAGUGGGAAGAAUGUCCCUUACAUUGGGGGUCAGUGGGAAGAAUGUCCCUUACAUUGGGGGUCAGUGGGAAGAAUGUCCCUUACAUUGGGGGUCAGUGGGAAGAAUGUCCCUUACAUUGGGGGUCAGUGGGAAGAAUGUCCCUUACAUUGGGGGUCAGUGGGAAGAAUGUCCCUUACAUUGGUGGUCAGUGGGAAGAAUGUCCCUUACAUUGGGGUCAGUGGGAAGAAUGUCCCUUACAUUGGGGGUCAGUGGGAAGAAUGUCCCUUACAUUGGUGGUCAGUGGGAGG